CUAAGGAAAAGUGUUAGAGUCUCUCUACGCUGGCAGCCUCAGUUACAAUUAUUGUUUCUCAAUGCAUGCAGAGGUUUUCGUCCCUGGUGUUUUGCAUAUAUUGUCUCCUUAUCCAGGAGACCGAGGUGGCUUGCUAGAAGGAGAGAGAAAGGGGGCAUCCAGAUGGAAUGAGGAACUGGAGAAGCGGGCUUCAUUCUCCAGGGAAGUUUGGAGAAACUGUAGUUGGAUUUGCUUCUGAUAACGGCAUUAAUCCCUUUCUAAAGGACCUGGGCUCCUACCCCAAGCUGCUUCUUCCAGGUCCCUGCCUGCUUCCUCACUCGCUUAUAACCGUGACUCAGCAAGCUCUUCUUUCUAUCUUUGCCCUGAGGAAGAGGAUGAGGGCAGAACAAGGCGAUCCUUUGGCUGUGGGUCUGCAGUUAGAAGCUGCAGUAGAGCGUGAAGUGACAACAGAAGAGCAAGAUACAGCAGGCCUCCAAGGAGCAGGAAAAGGCCCUCACACCAUCCAGGCUGGGUGCAGCAGAGGAUUCUGGGAAAAGAAUGGGGAUGCAGACUUGGCUAAGGACACAGAUGCACAACAGCCUCCAGCGGUGAAUCCAGAGUGGCAGACAAAGGAGCCGCUCCUGAACAUGGAAUUGCCGCACUCAGUGAGGGGAAGCAGCUUGGGAAACUGUACUCCAGUUGUGGCCCCAGCAGAUUUCCCACUGAGGCAGCAAGAGGAAGAGAAGCGAGAAAUUCAGGUUCAGGGACCAUUCGGGGAAUUGGCUGCAAGUUUUCCUGAGGCAGGGAAGGGUCCUUUGGAUGCUUGGCAGACACCACCAAUCAGGGCAAACGCACCGGAAAAUGACAGAGAAGCAACUUCGCCGGGAAUGGCAUCUGAGACAGGUUUGAAGUCAUUUGCCUUUUGUGGUGGUGUGGAAACAGCCAUUGUGGAGCAUCAGGGACCAGUGACCUUUGAGGAGGUGGCUGUGCGUUUCACUGAGGGGGAGUGGGGCCUGUUGGAUCCAGGCCAGAGAGCUCUGUACAGAGAGGUUAUGGUGGAGAAUUAUGGUAAUGUGGCCUCUUUGGAAGGACCUCCUGCUGCCAAACCUGAUAUCAUCUCCUGGCUGGAAGAAAAGGAAGAAAUAUUUGACCAGAACUCUGAAGAAGGCUUGAUUCCAGCAGGUGAUGCCUGCAGGGAUGAAACAGACAGGGGAAGAGUCGAGCUGCCAUUGAAAGGCAGUGAGGGGGAAGAGGUGGAGGAGAACCCUGGAAGUAGAGACUGGGCAAAGAUGGGGGAAGAGGGGGAAGAGUCUGGACAAACAGAGAUGUGGCAGAAGAAACUGGGAGGAACUCAAGGCAAUGUACUGAGUUUUCAAGAUCCCCUCUUCCUUGCCACGCCACCUCCAGAUGACGGGAGAGUGAUAGCCAUCAGGGUAGACAGCCUUCAACAGGAAGGUCUUGAGUUGGAAGAAUCGCCCGAGGCAUUACCAGGAGGCUCCCAAGAGACCUUUUCCAUCGUGACUGAGGUUCCUGAGAGCGAUGGUUGGGAGAGUGAGAGUGAGUGGGAGCCCUGUGAGGUGUUGUCGGAAGAAACAGAGGAUGAAGAAAUGGAUGACAACUUCAGAAAUCAAGAUGGGCCAGAGAGGAAUGAGGAGAACUCAGCAGAGGAGUGGAGAAAUCAGUCUACCAACUGCCAGGGUAGUGACUUCAGUGGAAUGCCAGUCCAACAAAAAAUACACAAAGGCAAAAGAAAGAAUCAGUGCAAAGUGUGUGGGAAAAGCUUCACUCGUAAGUCAAGCCUUAAGGUGCACCAGAGAAUCCACACAGGGGAGAAGCCUUACAAAUGCACAGUCUGUAGCAAAGGCUUCUGUGAUAAAACCAGCUUUCUUAGACAUCAGAGAAUCCACACGGGAGAGAAACCGUAUAAAUGCCCAGAGUGUGGAAAGAGCUUUAAUCGGACCACAAACCUUAUUACCCAUCAGAAAACCCAUGUGGAGACACGGGAGAAAACCUUCCACUGCUCCAGCUGUACCAAGAGUUUUUACAAUAAGUACAGUCUUAAAACACACUGGCGAAGCCACACCGGGGAAAAACCGUAUAAGUGUUCCAGCUGCAGUAAGAGCUUUUGCGAUAAAUCCAACCUCGAGGCACACUGGCGAGUGCACACAGGGGAGAGACCGUUCGAAUGCUCGGAAUGUGGGAAGAGCUUUAGUGACCGCAGAACACUUCUUCGACAUCAGAGGAUCCACACCGGGGAGAAACCGUACAAAUGCACCGAAUGUGGAAAAAGCUUCAAUGACCUUGCGACACUGCUCCGGCAUCAGAAAAUCCACACAGGAGAGAAGCCUUAUAGGUGCACAGAAUGUGGGAAAAGCUUCAACCAGAGCUCACACCUUAUCCGACAUCAGGCCACGCAUGACACGCAGCGGCAUAAAAACAAGUCACGAGGAGCAAAAGCUUCUGUCGAAACCAAUAUCUUUUUGGACAUUGGCAAAUUCACACAAGAGAGCUACUACAGAUACACUCCUUCUGCAGAAACCUUUCACUGGCCGCUCCCAUCUUACACAGCCUCCACAGAUGCAGGAGAAGGGACCAUUCCAAAUGUCUGGACUAUUUCAGAUACUUCUGUGGGUGAUCAAGCCAUUCUAGUUAUGAAGGAGUUCACUGAGGACAGGAGCUUGACACUAUGAAUGCUCAGAGUGAGAGAAGUUUUAGCCAGGCCUACCAUGAGGCAUCCUAAUCCACUUAAGCGAGAAGCCGUAACCAGUGUUUAAACUCUCUUAAGAAUAGAUGUGUUUCCAAGCAGGCGUCUCUUGAUCCAAAAUAGGCCAGUCUUCUACAACUGGGUUUGAUAGCAAGGACUGAUGAAAGCUUCAUUUGGGAAAAGACAAAGGCAAGAUUCUCGGGGGCGGGCGGGCAGCGGGGAGAUAACUCCAGUGGGGAAAGCAGUUCUUUAUACUUCACAAGCUGGAACUCUUCCUGCUUGGCUUAGAUCGGCUAUCAAUAACUGCUGUAAGAAUUCUUAAAGGGUUCCUUUAUGAUGUAUGUCUUGGAGAAGGAAAAUACAUGGAUCAGCCAGCAUAAAAAAUAUUAUUUUGAAUGAUCUACAAUCAAAGGGUUGAAUGCUUUCUCUUUGGCUUGCAUAACUGAAAAUUAUCCUGUUUUCUCAGAGCAGAGGGAAGCAGACAAGGCCUAAAGAGAUUUAGCAAUUUAAUGAGUGACAAUAUGAGAUGCUGUCCCUGGAAAAUCCUACAAGAAUUGGGCUAGUGUGAACAACUCUUCCCCCUGAUCCUCCAUUUUUGAAAUUGGGUCCUGAAUGACUUAGUGGAGUAAGGCAAGAUUUACCGGGAUCUUUGACAAACACCAAAUUCUCAAAGGAUGUUCAGACAGGUUGGUUGUUCUUUGGUGUUUGAAAAUAUAGACUCAUAGGUUGAAUACAGAUUUUCCACAGCAAAGGUCAACAAGCAGAUGGGGAUAUCAUCUGAGUAAAGACUGAUUUUCCGUGUUGUACAGGAUGAAAAGAAAGUUCCCUUUUAGAAUCGCAUUUUGGUGAAGGGUGACUGGAAAUGCGCCCAUUAGGUUCACAUGCUGGUGGACUGAAAGAUGGUACACAAUGUUUGGUGCUUGUUUUUUUAAUUGACGGGAGUCACAAAGAUAAUUACAAAACUUGCUGGAUGUCCAGUUUUCUUAAAUAUUAUGAGUUAUUAAUAGCAUGGAGCAGAAAUGUCAGACAUGCAAGUGAACUCUCUCUUGAUCAGGGAAUGGCUAAAACCCAGAUGGGAUAACAUGCUAUGUUGAACUUUGGAAAGGACAGAAACUCUUUUUCAGAGAACAGGGUUCCAUUCAUUCUGUUUUGGAAUAAGAGGCAAAAUAUAUUCCUAAAAAUGCCCUGCUGAAAUGGUGAGCUGUGGGAUAGGUAUGCAUGUAUAUAUGACAUCUCUUAUUGUAUUCCCUAACAUACUGGCAUGCUUUUGGAUAGUCUUGGCAACAACCCAACAUAGAGUUAAGCAGCUUAAAGCUCCAUUGAUUUCAAUGGGCUUCAUUGGGUUUCAUUUUGUGUUGAUUUGUGGCCAUUGAAAACCAGAACUCUAAGAGAGAUGUAGAUGUUGGGAAAUGACCCAGUUGGAGGUCAAAGUAAUAAAGAUCUCCAGAAUUCUGGGACUGCAAAUAGUGCAGGGGUUCUCAGUCUUGGGUUCCCAGAUGUUGUUGGACUACAGCUUCCAUUUGGCCUUGGGCCGUUGUGGUGGGGGGUGAUGGGAGUUGUAGUUCAAUAACGUCUGGGGACCCAAGGUUGAGAAUCUGUGCCUCACUGGUAGUAAGCACAGUCAGCUCCAGGGGAAUUUCCUGUCCAAGGAAAUGUAUAAGGGAAGCAGUUCCUCCUUCCGUAUCAAAGCAACAGAUCAGUGCAAAGUGGAAUUCAACAUUCUUUAAGUGACAAAAAGCCAUGUUCUGCGAUGUUAACUUUAGAGAGAAUAUGUUCACUACAGACUGGUGCUUUGUUCUUGAUCGGGUUAAUUGUUGGUAUGGGGUUCAUCUUUAUUUUUUUUUUUUAAGCAUGAAAAUUGUAUUGGUUAUUUCAGACAUUCUCAACCUUGGGCCCCAGAUGUUGAAACAUCUGGAGACCCAAGCCUGAGAAUCCCUAGGUUAUUUGAUACUACUCAACCAAAUUUAUGAAAUACUAAUACUGCUCACUUGGGCAGAUGGACACUAAGCCUUUGAUUGAGGCCAUGCCUCCUGCACUCUUUUUAAGUACUCUAAUUUGUAAUAUAGACUAGAGCAACAAUAAUAGAGGGAAUUGGGGUAGGGGAUGUAUUGGAUGUUUUGUGAGCAUUACACAGGGGCAAGUGAGCACAAAUAGGGCUCUAAGAGGAGAAGAUUAUUUUCUGUGUCAUUGUGAGUUAGAUCAGAGGUUCUCACACUUGGGUCCACAGAUGUUGGUGGACCACAACUUCCAUCAUACCCAGCCACAAUGGCCGAAGGCCAUUUCUGAAAGCCAUUGUGGCUGGCGAUGAUGAGAGUUGCGGCCCAGCCUCAUCUGGGGACCCAAGUAUGAGAAUCUCUGAGUUAGAUUAAGGCUGCAGUCCUAUGCAUACUUCCUGGGGAGUAAGUUCCAUUGAAAUAAGUCUGGCUGACCUCCAGACUAAAUGAAGCACUGGUGCUUCUGAAGAAUCCAGCUAAUUCAGCUGUUCCGCUCAUGCAACAGAAGGGGAUGAAUUUCAACAACCUCCCCUUCCCCUAGAAGAGCUCUGUCACAUACCAAAAUAUGUCCCAGAGACUCGCAUAGCCCUCAGGGGAAUAUUUUUCAGGUGGCACAGAGUGCUUCCCGGGAAAGGGGAGGUUGUCGAAAUUCCUAUCCCCAGGGUAGUGUUAAUCUAGAAGUACAGAUUUUUCUCCCAUAGCAUUGGUGCUUCACUAAUUAGAUUGCCAGCCUGUGGGAUUUAUUGCCAAGUAAACAUGUGUAGGCCUGUAAUCUUUUCGGUACUGUGAUAUUAAAUCGUAAAAUAUAAGUUUCCUGGUUGUGUGUCUUUAAAAAUUUUAAAGCACAGAAGUUUCUCUCAUGCAUGGCCCUUGCAAUUUUUUUUUUAAAAACUGUCUCAUCUAUGAGAAUUAAGUAGGGCUAAAGCUGGGGAGGAAGGUGAUCUCAAUGCCUGGCAUUCUUUCACAGCCUAGCCUCAGGAAGCUGCCAAGGCUGCUGCACAAGUAAAAGGCAGCCCCAGGGCUGUGGCCCGUCUCUGUAACACAGCAUGCAGGCACUUGCUCUGUGCUAGCUUCACUGGAAACAAUGGAAGUGGUGUGAAGCAAGUGCCUGCUGUGCUAUUUUAAAGUGAUUCGCAGCAGCCUCGGGGCUGCCUCUUAGGUGUGCAGCAACUCCAGUGGCUUCCUGACACAGAGGUUAGACUGCACAGAAUGUCAGCCAACAAUUUUAGACAUCUCCAGGUCCGUCUUGGUAAAUGCAGACAUUUUAAAUGAGAUGAGUGAGAGUGGUGUUAGGUAGUUCUUUGAAAGGCACACAGUGUUCUUAGAGAUGUACCAGCAAACAUAAGGAAAGUCUGCCCAUGCUCUGCCUGUUGUCCUUUACUGAUGGUACUCAGUAGGACUUGAGAUUUACUGGGAAAUGUUAGGAAUUAUUGUCUCCUUAAGCUUGUUUUGGAAACUCUGAGCCCAGCCAAUGGUAAAAGUCGUUCUUUGUCUAUAAACAGUGGAAACAAGGGUGAAGUUUGAUCAUUUACCAAAAGCUCUUGCUGAGCUUAAGAUUCUCCGGUAAAUUUUAGAAUUUUCUCGGAUUGCCAUAACAUUUCUCCCUAAGCUCUUGUAAACUUAACAGUUGUUACAAAAUGUCAACAUUGGUCAAGUUUCUGAUUUUAUUACUGUAUCACACAUAUUAUGUAUUGCUUUAGACUUUAUUUUAGAUUUUUGCUUGUAACAAUUUAGUAUUGUUCAUACUCAAUUAUUAUUGUGACCUGUAUUGUAUUGAAACCUUCUUAUUUUGACCUUGUCAUUUCAUUUUUGUUUAAUAUGCGUGUUUGUGAUGCUGUUGAAAUGCAGCACACUGGAGUACUUUACCAUGCAAAUCGUUGCAGUGUUAAUAUACAGUGAAAGUAAACGAAAGCAGAUGGGAAAAGGAAGACUCACCUAAGGAUGCCUCUGAAUUGCCUGAAAAAGGUCUUCAUCUGGAAGAUACCAUUCUGAAAACGCUGCAACAUUUCCAAGAAAUCUGAAUUUGCAGUUGUAAAGGCCUUGUGCUUUGGCUUUGUCCUCUAGGUGUAAAUGUCCAUUAGGGUGUGAAAGCACUUGUCUACUGGUCUGUUUGAUCAUUCAGGAUCUCAGAUCAAUGGGAGCUCCUUCUCCAAAUUAAUUCCUUAUUACACUUGCCCUAGUGUGUAUGUGUGUGUGGUUCUUUGUUUUUAUUUAAUAGCUGGAUGUUAUAGGGGCUGCCUUUAUUAUGCAUGGUUGCUUUAAGAGGAUCAUACUGUAUACAUAUUUUAGUGUAUUGGCAAAUGCUUUGCAAAUAAACUGGAAUGAAUGCUAAUUUCUUUCCAGGAGGUCCAGCAUUAAAAAUGGAAUAUUAUUUA